CGGGAGCGUAAGCAGGAAUCUCCUGACGCAUGCUGCCAUUGCUAAGCUCCUCACUUGUAUCCUUGCUCCAUCCAUACAUCACCGGUGACUACCUUACUGGGGAAAUGGCAUCUGAGUUGGCAUCUAUCGCUGAGAGGCUUGCCGCCCCUGGCAAGGGUAUUUUAGCGUCAGAUGAGAGCACUGGGACAAUCGGGAAGCGCUUGGAGAAAGCUGGAUUGCCGAACACUGAGGACAUCCGCCGCGCCUACCGCGAGCUGCUGUACACCACCCCCGGCCUGGGUCAGUACAUCAGCGGCGUCAUCAUGUUCAAGGAGACGCUGCACCAGGCCACCUCAGACGGGCGGCGCUUCACCGAGGUGCUGCAGCAGGAGGGCAUUCUGCCUGGUAUUAAAGUAGACGAGGGUUUGGCCCCCCUGCCCGGCGGCGGCGAGGGCGAGACCUUCACGCGGGGUCUGGAGGGGCUGCGCGAGGCGUGCGGGGAGUACGUGCGGGCGGGGGCGCGGUUCGCCAAGUGGAGGGCCACGCUCAAGGUCACGGACCAGCUCCCCUCCCCCGCGGCGGUGCAGCGCAAUGCUGAGGACCUGGCGGCGUAUGCCAAGAUAUGCCAGGAUUGCGGCCUGGUUCCCAUCGUGGAGCCCGAGCUGCUCAUCGACGGGGACCACUCGCAGGAGCGGUUCGCGGCGGCAAGCCAGCAGGUGUUGUCCGCUGUGGUGUCCUGCCUGCUGUCCUCGGGUGUGGCGCUGGAGGGCUGCUUGUUGAAGCCGCAGAUGGUGCUGCCGGGGGCGGAUGCGACGGGGGGCGGGGCGGGGCCGGAGCAGGUGGCGCGGGCGACGGUGGAGGUGAUGCGGCGUGUCAUCCCCCCCGCCCUCCCCGGCAUCUUGUUCCUGUCGGGCGGCCAGAGCGAGGAGCAGGCGACUGCCAACCUGGAUGCCAUCAACCGCCAUGCGCGGCAGGUGGGCAGGUGCCCCUGGGCGCUGUCAUUCUCAUUCGGCAGGGCGCUGCAGGCCUCCGUGCUCAAGCUCUGGUCUGCUGACCGCACCUCGGUGGCCCCCGCGCAGCACCUGGCACUGCAGCUGGCGCGCGUGAACAGCGAGGCGGCGCUGGGGCGGUACGCGGGGGGGCAGGAGGGGGGGCAGCCGCACCCCUCGCGGCUGUCCGCGGAGAGCCUGAGGGAGAACUUCCGGGGCUGGGGCGGACAGCAGCCGCCUAAGUAGGGAGGGGGGAACGAUGUGGUUGUGUGUGUGUUGAGGCCCGCUUCAGUGUGGUCUGGUCUUGGGUCAGUGUGUCCUCCCAGGAGGGUAAACUGUAGCGCGAAUGAGGGCGAGGCGCCAGGUUGGGGUACGCGGGUUGGGGGGCAUGUGGUCGUUAUGUGGCCCCACGUGUGUAUGGCAGAACUUAGAAGGAGUGUACGACAGGAGGAAAGCGCAGUGUACUGCAGGAGGGCGUGACGAGAGCGGUUUGAAAGCGGUCAAGCAGGCCUCGGUCUACCAGUUGGUUCGGACUGCAGAAGCCAUCGGAGGUGUGCGGCCGCAGCAGCGCGUCACCAACAGCAGCACACGCCAGCAGCAAUGCGCGACAGCUCCCUUCUAGCUGUUUGUUUGCUCUUAAGUAGAGUACGGCAGUGGUGGUGUGUGCUGCUGGCUUUGUAGCAGCCUCAAGCUGUGCAAGCAGUCUGAGUGUCGUUGUGGGUGUUGGGGAGGAGCAGCCGCAGCGUGCAUGCAUGGGCGGCUGGAGCAGGAGUGAGCGCAGGUGCAGCGAGGGGGGGGGGUAGUAGGAGCAUGGGAGGGUAUGUCGCGGGUACGGCGGCAGGAGUGACGGUGUGAGAGCAGGGGUGGAGCGCGGAUUGGCAAGGACCUUCGGCACAAGAAAGUGGCUGGGUGGGCGGGUUGGCCCUAUUGGGCGGUUGACUGCCGUAGUGGUCCAGGUGGGCCGAGGAGAGGGUAGGGAGGAGGAAGUGGCGAGAGGCGAGUAGUUGUGGGGAAAGGGAUGUACGUGUUUUGCGGGAGGAUGCUGGGUUCCUUUGCAUAGAGGUCGGUUGGGGGUGCGGUGGCGGCGGCGUCGCAUCAGGCGGGAAGAGGUGGGAGCCUGCUCGGCAGCAUGGGGUGAGCAGCUGUCGUCCGGCGUUCGAUGGAAUGCCAAAGGUGGGAUUAAGGGCCAAAGGUGCGGCUGCGCGCUGUAGAGGUGAUGGCGCAUGGGCGUACAAGCCGGGAAGGAGAGCAGGGAGCAGGAUUUAUCUUUCCCUAGUAUCGACCCAAGGUAGGCGCGGACUACCUCUGUUUCCGCAGCCUCUGCUGUGGGUUUGCUGUGGUGGCGGAUGGGCCGGAGGUAGAAGUUGCCCUUAGCAUUACCGUUGCUUCGCCCUCGGGGUUAUCUUGGGAUAUCGGUAUGCUAGCUACGGAUCGGAGGCCGUCAUGCAGUUGGAGACUUUGCUGCAGUUGCUGCUGCUACGAUACUAUGUCGCAGAAUAAGGGGAGAGGGCAACGCAAAGGCCCGGGGACUUCGUCUUUGCAAGUAAGCAAAUUACCGACUUGGUCCUCUUCACACAUUGGGG